CGCCGCAACAUUACUGUUAAUUACAAGUUGAUGUUAUAGAAGUCAUUUAAAGGCAGUCCCUUAAAUGCACUUAACGUACAAUUAAAACUAACUAACGGUGUUUAUGAAAUUAAACGGUAGCCACAUCAUGCAUUCUAGUCAGUAUUUGAAUAUCAUUCGGGGUGAAAAAGUUCAUUUUAAGCCAAAUAAAGGGUGCUUUUUUAUAACAUGUGGCUUUCAGGAGGAAGCACCAAGAAUUUAGUAUUAAGUUACUCAUGCCUCGUCUCACGCAUACGCAUGACCAGCACUUAAUGAGGCCGCAAGCAAAGAUGUCAUAUUUACUACACGCUGUGUUGCUACUCUCCUAUUUUAACUGUAAUAAUGCAAAACUGCUGGCAACUCUAAAAAGUGAAAUUGAAAAUAGAGCAUUACUCAAUAUAAUCGAAGAAGUCUACGAAGAGGAAACUUUCGAGACAAUAUUUUUACUGAAAGAAGUGGCGAGAUCUUGUGUUUCUACAAACGAGCUCGAGACGCGUACAAAAAUACCAUUGAUUCUUGCAACAGUUAAUGCUACGGAAGACAAACUGAAGAAUCGUUUCAAUAGUAAAAUACUCGCGAUUGUAUGUUUGCCCGAUGAGCAGCAGCCGCCUCAAAGCCAACUACUCAAGGUGUUGGCUGCCAACUUGCAACAUCGACGACAGACGCGUAUCCUGCUAUACCAUCCUGCGAUCAAGGCUUCAGCUGAACUUUUGGCUCUGCUAAGCGUCUACUUGGAAGAGCAUUAUAUGACGAAAGUGAUUGCUUUCUUCGACGCUUCGAGUGCAGUCCCGUUCGCGCCACAUUUCUACCGUUAUCACCCAUUCCCCAGUAGUCACUGGUAG